AUGGAUGAACUUCUCAAUAUUCCAGCAGCAGUGAAUUUCAAUGAGUCCAUAGCUCAUUAUGAAAUUCAUGCUCAUCAACCAUAUGCAUCUUCAUCGUUUAACAAUAGUGAUGAAAUUCGAAUUGCAGUACAACAUCAAGACUUGUGCAUUUUACCUAGUAAAAGUUCAUUACACAUUUUUGGUAGAUUAACUAAAAAUGAUGGAAUUAGUCUUACACAAAACGUGCAUUUAAGUAAUAAUGCUGUAUGUUUCCUGUUUGAUGAAAUUCGCUAUGAACUAAAUGGCAUUGAAAUAGAUCGCUGCAAAUACGUGAGACAUACUACAAUCAUGAAAAAUUAUACCUCACAAACACCAACUCAGUUAAAUUUUAUUGAAAAUGCUGGGUAUUCAAAAAUUGUAGCUGAUGCAAGACUUGUAUUGGAAAAUGGCUAUUUUGAUGUCACAAUACUACUCAGCAUGAUUUUUGGUUUUGCUGAAGAUUAUAAAAAAAUCAUUAUGAACGCUAAACAUGAACUUAUUUUAACAAGAGCACGUUCUGACGUGAAUGCCGUAAUUCAAAUAGGACAAGGAGGGGAUGAGGAAUUCAAAAUUUUCAUCAAUAAACUUGAAUGGAUGGUUCCAUACGUUUUACCUUCUGACAAUAACAAAGUUAAAUUGUCGUGGGAAAUGUAUGAGUAUCCUUUAAUUCCUACAAGGUCAAAAGUUUUGUGGCAAAUUAAAACAUCAAGGCAAUUAGAGAAACCACGCUAUGUUAUUGUUGGAUUUCAAACAGCAAGAAAAGAUAAACGAAAAAAAUAUGCCUGUCAUUUUGAUCAUUGCAAUAUUACCAAUGUUAAACUCUUUUUAAAUUCACAAUAUUAUCCUUAUGGAAAUUUAAAUCUUAACUUUGAUCAAAAUCAGUACUCUCUACUUUAUGAAAUGUACGCUAAUUUUCAAUCAUCCUAUUAUGGUAAAGAUUGA